UUCAACGUGCUCUCAGACUUGUCUAACCGUGACAUCGUCGGCGGUCUCGACCCCCUGGCGUCGUUCGAUGAGAACCCAUCUGACAUCUCAAUAACGGAAGAGUGCGACCCAGCCGAAUGCAACGUACCGAAUGGCUCCGGACCCAUUGCUUUUAACGAACAUUACAUGUCCGUAAUAGGCUCUGCAAAUUCGCAAGCCCCUAUAUCAAUCAUGCCACCUCCCUACGAUAACGCCCCGUCGCCCUCCGCUUACGAUCACACCUUCACUGCGUCGAGUAAUGGCGCAUGUGACGACCGCUCUCGAGCUUUGUCGCCCUCGUCUGACAUACCUCCGAACUCGCCGCCUCCCAAUUCUCUCACGCAGAACUUUGAGAGUAUGCGCUUCGAAUCACCGAGCUGGUCGACCUCUCGGCUGCCCCCAGACGGGCAUUCGUCACCAGCGCAACGGCAGAAAAAAACGGGAUCUCUUCCCCAGUUCGUCAUUCCGGUUGCCUUGAGUCCAGCGACUGCCGUUCGCGAUGAGCCGCCGACGAUCAACGCUUCGGACGACAGUAUGCAGACUGGUCCUCAGCUGCAUAUCGUCCCUACGAUGCCGAUCAGUAGUGGUGACGGAGUUACACAGAGCGUCCCAAUGCUUCAGCAAGGUGUGUGCUAUUUACUUAUGGUCUUCUGCUUCGCUCUUGCCACGUUUCCUUCCGUCUCUUCGACGCUGCGGAAAUGGUCGCAGGCUUAG